AUGCUGGCAUUCGGAUGCAAAACGAACGUUGUUUUCGAGCACGACAAGAAAAUAGUGUCAGAUACACUGUAUCAGAUCCCCGGUAUUGGUUUAAACAUGUGUGCUGCUGAGUGUAUGGCUAACACGGAGUGUCUGUCCGUUAACUACAAUACGAAGUAUUUCAUAUGUUACCUGAAUAAAGAGGACUCCAGCAUAGAAAAUGCAAAGCACUAUUCUUCUGUGACCAAGAGCCAGCUUCAGAUUGUAUGCAAGGAUUGUUUGAAAUCUUGCGAUCUGUCAUGUCCUCCAAGAAACAAAUGUAUAAAGUCCACUUCCGGUGUAUCUACCUGUAUCCCGUUAGACUGCGGGCCUCUUCCUUUGCUUGAUAAAGGUAAAAAAGACAAAGGCCAGGACAGCACAAUGAUUGGCUCUGAAGUUACCUUUUCCUGUGAUAAAGGUUACGCGCCAGACGGUCCAUUAACUAUAACAUGUUCAGCCAACGGCCACUGGACACUGAUUGGACGCUGUUUAAGGUGUGGCCAUAUUCCAGAGUUACAAAAUGCAGAAACAAAGGAUAAGAAUCGGGCAUACAAUGCCGUUGUAACGUAUACAUGCAUCGAAUGUUAUGAGAAUGUUGGAGAUAUUUCGAUCACUUGUCUCGCAAAUGAAACAUGGAGUCCAAUAAUGGGUUUUUGUAGAGAGGAGGAGCAUAGAAAGGGAGAAGACAUCCAAUUUUGCUGGCGGGUGUUUACAAGUACCAAGACCUACGAUGACGCCAUGGCAGCAUGUGAGAAGCAUUCCUUAAACGGGAGACUACUCAUGAUCAACUCUAAUCAAAAAAGGAACAGAGUGAGUUCGGCCUUAAUGGAACGCUUUGGAACGCCAAAUAAAACUCUUAAUUUCUGGGUAAAUGGAAGAUACACUGCAUACGGAAACUACCACAUAUUCAGUAAUGGUGGACUAUAUAGAUACCACUUGAUGGACGAACAACCAGAUCGCAGCGGCAACUGUUUAGCGGUUUCGUCGGCGGGUGCUUAUAAAUGGAAUGAUCUCCAUUGUAAGAAAGAGUUCCCCUUCAUCUGUGAAGCUGCUAUAUACUAA